CAUUGACGGUAAGGCAGGCAGAGCAUAGAAGUUAUCGAUCGAGAAAACAAAAAGGACUGUCCAUAUUCCCAUGUUAAGAAGGGAAGAAAAAGUGGUGAUGCAAAAAAACAAACACCGAAUAGUCGAUCAGCAUAGUUGAUUUCCGGCAAUCGUUCGACUUCCACGGCUUCCGGGAGGGGAGGAGCGAGGAGCGAGGGGAGGGGCUUCCAGGCAUCUUGGAGGUGGUUCGGUGGGCGAAGGCGGCGCUUCACCAACCAAAACCACGAACCACAAAUACGACGACGACACCCAGAAGACCCCGCGCUUGCCUCGGCCUCCUCCGCCGCUGAGGGGGUCUGUUCGGCUCCUAUGAGAGGGGAAGCGGGUGGAGGGAGAAAGAUCCGCCGCUAUGAAGCUCCGGGUACGGAUGCAGAAGCGAACGGCUCCGUUGGAGCUGCCAGGGGAGGAGCCAACUCUGGCGGACCUGCGCGUGCACCUGUGCCAGACCCUCUUGCCCUUUUGGGGUUACAGUUCUGAUACCAAGUUUGCAAUAACCUUGAACAACAAAGACUCCCUCACUGGAGACCAGGAAACCCUAGCAUCCUUUGGGAUUGUUUCAGGAGACUUGAUAUGCUUGAUGUUAGAAGAGGCGAAUGCUGCACCCAGGUUACCUCUGCCUCUGUCCUCAUCCCUGCCUCCACCACAGAAUAAUCAUGAACCAUCCACUUCAGCUACAUGCCAGUGCCAUCCCGGGAGCUCAAACAGUGAAAGAAACAGACACAAAGCAGAAUAUGAAGUCCAAGGUGACGUUCAGAUGACUGACAAUACGGCAGGAUCCAGCCAGGAGUUUCCUUCAGAGACUGUCUCAGAUGACCUCCAAGAAGCUGCUGGUUCCUACCCUUCAGAGCCAAUGCUUUGCUCUGAAGCUACAGAUGGGCAAGUGCCACACUCUCUUCAUACUCUCUACCACUCUGCAGAGUGUACCAAUGCCAAUGAUGCCUUGAUUGUUUUGAUCCACCUUAUCAUGAUGGAGACGGGAUACAUACCUCAAGGGACAGAAGCAAAGGCGACAUCAAUGCCUGAGAACUGGAGGGAGAGAGGGGUUUAUAAGCUGCUGUAUUCCCACCCCCUCUGUGAAAAUGGCUUUGCUGCCCUUACUUCAGUGCCUUUGGGGAACCUUGUUGUUGUCAAUGCAAUGCUAAAGAUCGCUGACAGCCUCAAAAGUGUGAAGAGGUUGCAGCUUCUGCCAUCGUCAUUCAUUUGUUUUCAGAACCCAGCAACUGUUGUAGGAAUGUAUAAAGAUCUUCAGAAGCUCUCGCGCCUCUUUAAAGAUCGGCUGGUGUAUCCUCUUCUGGCUGCUACCCGGCAAGCUUUGAACCUGCCAGAUGUGUUUGGCUUAGUGGUCCUUCCGCUGGAACUGAAACUCCGGAUUUUCCGACUCCUGGAUGUCCGCUCACUUCUCUCUUUGUCUUCUGUUUGCCACAACCUCUAUGCUGCUUCAAAUGAUCAACUUCUGUGGAGAUUCAUAUACCUGCGGGAUUUUAGAGAUCCCAUUACCAGGCCCCGAGACACAGACUGGAAAGAUCUGUACAAGAGAAAAUGGAAGCAGAAGAAGGAUGCCCUGAGGUGGAGGCACAUGAUGUUUGUACCCCCUCCUCCCCUUCCCAUUCCAUUUCAUCCCAGCCCACUGUAUCCCAAUCCUUUUCCUCCUAAUCCUCUUUAUCCCCCAAUGAUCAUUGGUGGUGAAUUUGAUGAAAGGCCAUCACCUCCAUAUGUUGGAGACCCGAUCCACUCCCUCUUUCCUAACCCUUUGGAUCUUCCAAGUCAAUAUCCCCCCCUCCUUGGGCUGCAUUUUGAUCCAUUUCCUACUUUCAGGCCACACCAUGAUCCAUUUGUGUCCUUUCAAGAACCUAAUCCCACAUUCCCAGGAAGAACCAGUCGGGUCCGUCCAAUUGAUAGUCGCCGUGCAUUCAUAUGACAACUCUGCCACCUUGGUUUUAGGGUUUUCAGCAUACCUGUUUGUGGUUUUGCUUUCAAACUGUAGGAUAUUUCAGCUACAAGGCUCUGAUAUCUGCCUUCUUAAAUUACGGCAAUGCAUAUGUACUAUGGUAUCUUGAUUCCAGGGAUUUGGGCCCAACAACUCCAUGCAAAUGACCAGUGUUGCCUCCCUUAGAACUGGAGGAAUUUUCCCGAAAGAACUGUGUGGGACACUUUAUUCUUUUCAUUACCAUCUGCAAAUUGCUUCUUAGAAAGCAAAAGGUGGUUGACCUUUGCUGCAUCAGAUAAAGAGCACUUUAAACACAAAACA